UCGUGUACUUUGUUCAAUACUAGACAGGGCCAGAAUAUAAGCCGAAGCCAUGACGCAACGCUAUAGAGAGGUUGUUGGUGGCGUUGGGCCCCUAAUCUGUGUGGAAUACAUACUAAGCGUUGUUGAUGUUGCCAUUUGUUCCCAACUGUAUUCACAUUUUAUCUUGACAUGCCAUCGCGUCCUCAUUUCCCUGGCAUUUGUUUGAUUAUAUCCUUUUUCUUUUUCUUUUCUACUCUUCUUAUUCCCCACACGUUUUGUGCCAUUUUCCACUACCUUUUUCAUCCAUACCAUUCUUACUCUCCUUAUGGUGACACAGAAAAAAGACCUGCCACCGCAAUCACUUUCAUACUCUUCUUCUAUCCCAUUUUCUAUAUUUUCUUUCCAUCCUCUUCCUAUGACCUAUCCCAUCUUCCCUCAGGCAUGGAUCUACUACCUAUUCCUCCUGACUGAACUCACCCCCUCCCCUACGCUUUUCUUAAUGAUUGGGUGGUAGGUAUCUGCUGUGACGAGUGAACGCCGUGCUAUACUCUCCUACCCCGCGAUUUGUUUUCUAC